AUGAACUUCUCUGCUGAAGAGACCACUGUCCCCAUCGAAGAGCCCCCCGUCAUCCCCACAGAAAAGCCCCUUAAAGAGUGUGCACCCCCUUGCCUUAGCUCCGCUCUGCUGCCCUUGGGGCCAACAGCCAUGAUGACGCCUUCAGAUGCUCCAACUGCCUCCAUGGUCAGUGUCAUCCCAGCCACCACGACAAACCCUAUACCCACCACAGCGAGCUGCCCCUCAAAUGCCCACUAUGAACCCUGUGGGUGCCCAGUGUCCUGUGAGAGCCCCAGGCCCAGUUGUGGGCCACUCUGCCAGCAGGGCUGCAUCUGCAAUCCUGGCUUUCUUCUCAGUGGCAGCCAGUGCAUCAAUGCCUCAUCCUGCAGCUGCAUCUAUGGUGGUAAGAGCUACAAGCCUGGAGAGGAGUGGUUCAGCCCCAACUGUACAGAGCAUUGCUGCUGCUGGAUGGGCGGCCGGAUGGAGUGCCAGCUCUCUCAGUGUGGGACACACACUGUGUGCCAGCUGAAGAAUGGCCAGUACGGAUGCCACCCAUAUGGCUCUGCCACCUGCUUGGUGUACAGAGACCCUCAUUAUGUCACCUUUGACGAGAGGCACAUUGGCUUCACGGGCAAAUGCACGUAUAUCUUGGCCCAGUCCUGCCACAACUCCACAGAGCCAUUCUUCAGGGUGACAGCAAAGAAUGAGGAACAGGGACAGGAAGGUGUGUCCUGCCUGAGCAAAGUCUACGUGACCCUGCUGGAGACCACCGUCAAGCUGCUCCGGGGCCGACAAACAAUGGUUGAGGGCCAUCGAGUCACCUUGCCAGCCGUGCCUGCUGAAGGUGUCUUCGUGGGUCCAAGCGGGCGAUUUGUGGAACUGCAGACAGAAUUCGGCCUGCGUGUGAGAUGGGACGGCGAACAGCAGCUGUUUGUGACCGUGUCCAGCACCUAUGCAGGCAAACUCUGCAGUUUCUGUGGCAACUAUGAUGGGGACGGCAGCAAUGACAACUUGAAGCCAGAUGGUAACCCAGCACGGGAUGAUGAGGAGCUGGGGUACAGCUGGCAGGUGGCCGAGGAUGAAGACCGGGAGUGCCUGCCGAACCAGGCAGAUCUCCAGUCCUGUAACGCAGCCUUGAAGAGUACUAUAUCGGGGCCCAGGUUCUGCGGCCACCUCGUGGACUCCCGAGGACCCUUUGAGGCCUGCCUGCUGCACCUGAAGGCCUCUCCCUUCUUCGACAACUGCAUGUCAGACCUGUGUAGCUUCCAGGGGCUCCCUUCAGUGUUGUGUGCCCACCUGUCAGCCAUGACCGCAGCCUGCCAGGAUGCUGGCUACCCUGUGAAGCCCUGGAAUACCCAGUUCUGCCCCCUGGCCUGCCCACCCAAUAGCAGGUAUUCCCUGUGUACCAGUGCAUGCCCGGACACCUGCCAUUCAGCCUUCUCCAACAAGCCCUGCCCAGGAAGCUGUGUGGAAGCCUGUGAAUGCAACCCGGGCUUUGUCCUCAGCGGCCUUGAGUGUGUCCCGUGGGCCCAGUGCGGGUGCCUCAGCCCCUCAGGGAGCUACUUCAAGCUGGGGGAGAGGUGGUACAAGCCAGGCUGCAGAGAAUUCUGUGUCUGCCAAAGCAAGAACCACAUUCACUGCCAGCCCUGGAGGUGUCGGGCCCAGGAGGCCUGUGGCCACCAGAAUGGCCAGUAUGGCUGCUACACCCGAGGUUCUGCCACCUGCACUGCCUUGGGCGACCCCCACUACCUGACAUUCGAUGGAGCCAUGCAUCACUUCCUGGGCACCUGUAUCUACACCCUGAGCCAGCCUUGCUGGUCCCAGUACCCGGAGAACCACUUUGUUGUGAGUGCCACCAAUGAGAUCCUCAAUGGGGACUUGCAGGCCUCCUAUGUCAAAGCCGUUCACGUGCAGGUCUUCGACCUCAAGAUUUCGCUGAUCAAAGGCCACAGGGUCAUGUUGAAUGGCCUUCAGGUGAACCUACCUGUUUGGCUGUCGAAAGGCCAGGUGACCAUUCAGCCCAGUGGCUCCUUUAUCCUACUCUACACGAACUCUGGGCUUCAGGUUCGCUACGAUGGGAACCACCUUGUGGAAGUGACGGUGCCCUCCUCCUAUGCUGGCCAGCUCUGCAGGCUCUGCGGGAACUACAACAACAAUAGCAUGGAUGACAAUCUGCGCCCAGAUAGGAAGCCCGCAGGCAGCUCCUCUCAGCUGGUAGCCUCCUGGCGGUCCUCAGAGGGAUCCGAGCCUGGCUGCUUCCUGGGAGCUGAGCCCUCCAGCUGCCCAGAGGACAACAUGGCGGACAUGUGGAGUAAGGACUGUGAGAUCUUGAUGAACCCUCUAGGGCCCUUCUCCAACUGCCACCAUCUGGUGCACCCACAGGCCAGCUUCGCCAGCUGUGUGCAGGGCCAGUGUGGGACCAAGGGCGAUGCCCUAGCCCUGUGCGGCUCCCUGCAGGCCUACGCAUCCCUGUGUGCCCUGGCUGGCCAGGCUCCUGCCUGGCGCAACAGCACCUUCUGCCCUCCAAGGUGUCCACCCAACAGCCGCUACAGCCCCUGUGCCAGGCCCUGUCCGGCCACCUGCCUCAGCCUGAGCAGCCCCAAGGACUGCCCAGCAACGCUGCCCUGUACGGAGGGCUGCGAGUGCCAGAAAGGCCACGUCCUAAGCGGAACCUUCUGCGUGCCUCUCAGCCAGUGCGGCUGCAUGGACCCCAAGGGCUUCUACCGCCCGGCUGGGGAGAGCUGGUACCCAGAAAGGACGUGCACCUCCCGCUGCACCUGCUUGGUCCACAACAACAUCACCUGCCACCGCACCGCCUGCCAGGAGGACCAGGUGUGCUGGCCCCGCAAUGGGCUGCUUGGCUGCUGGACCCCAGGUGCAGGCAUCUGCAAGGCUUUGGGGGAUUCCGAGUAUAUGGGCUUCGGUAGCAGUAGCCACCCUGUCCAGGACAUGUGCCCUCAUGUCCUGGUGAAGGUGUGUCACCCCAACAUGGAGCUGCCUGCCUUCAAGGUAAGCGCCAGGAGUGAUUGGUGGCACCAGGGCAGAACCAGAGCCUUAAAGCUCCACCAGGUCUACAUCAACAUCGCUGAUGUCCAGGUCGUUCUGCAAGAGGGCCAUCAAGUGCUGAUUAACGGCACACCUGUCACCCUUCCUGCCACCUCCCAGAUCACAGGUCUCAGCAUCACUUCCAAUGACAUCUACACCAUGGUCCACCUGCAGACUGGAGUGUAAGUCAAGUUUGCCAGCCCGCAUUUCUUAGAGAUCAAAGUCCCUGUGGCUUAUGAUGGGAAGGUCUGCGGCGUGUGUGGAAACUUCAACGGCAAGAAGGAAGACGAGCUGGUGAUGCCGCAAAAUGAACCAGCCCAGAGCGAGCACGAGUUCAUAGAAAGCUGGAGAGACACGAACAUUCCCCCUUCUCCUGGUUGUGACAGCGGGAGCAAGGAAGCCAGACAGCAGGGCACAUCUGAGACAGGAAGAGCAGGGGAGAAUCUGAAUGGAAACUGCAGGCCUGAGGACCUCAAAAUGGCCCAGGAGCACUGCCAGGAAGUCCUGCAGGCCCCAGUCUGGGCAGAGUGUGCGGCCGGCUUGGCUUUUCAGUCCCUCCUGCUGGGCUGUACCAACAAACUCUGUGAGUUCGGAGGCCUCAGACAGGCCCUGUGUGAGGCCCUGCAGGCCUUCGGGGCUGCCUGCGAAAGCCAGGGUGUCAGGGCCCCACUCUGGAGGAACAGCAGCUUCUGCCCUCUGGAGUGCCCGGCGCACAGCAGCUAUACCACCUGCAUUCCGUCCUGCCCUCCAUCUUGCUGGGACCUGGGUGGUCACUGCGAGGGUGCCAAGGUGCCCUCCAUCUGCUCUGAGGGCUGUGUCUGUCAGCCCGGCUAUGUGCUGAGUGAGGACAAAUGUGUGCCCAGAAGUCACUGUGGCUGCAAGGAUGCCCAGGGUGGCUUCAUCCCUGCAGGCAAGACCUGGAUCUCCAGCGGCUGCACCCAGAGCUGCACCUGCUCUGAAGGAAUCGUUCAGUGCUGGGCCUUCCACUGCCCUCCUGGGUCCCACUGCCAGCACAGCGAAGACGGGGACAGCAACUGCGCCCCAAAAUCACAAUACUGCUCCAUCUUCGGGGACCCCCAUUGCCACACGUUUGACGGCCGCAGCUACCGCUUCCAGGGCCGCAUGACCUACAUCCUGGUAAAGACGGUGAGCGCGCUCCCAGACAGCAUGCAGCACCUGGUCGUGGAGGGGUGCAACAAGAUGUACUCGCCCACGGGCCCCGUCUUCCUGCAUGAAGUGAUCACAACUGUCUACGGCUACAAAGUUCAGUUCCAGAAGGAUCUGGUGCUUCUGGUCAACAGCCAGAAGAUGGCCAUGCCCUACAGGCCCAAUGAGCACCUACGGGUUACCCUGCGUGGCCAGCGGCUGUAUCUGAUCACAGACUUCAAGCUGGUCCUCAGCUUUGACGGAAGGAACAAUGCUGUGAUCUCCCUGCCCCGCAUGUACCAGAGGCUGGUGCGUGGCCUGUGUGGGAACUACGAUGGCGACCACAGGAACGACCUCACGCUGCCCAGCGGCGCGCUCACCUGUAGCGUCAGUGCCUUUGGCAAAAGUUGGGAGGUGAAGAGCAACGAUGUCCACCUCCGCUUCCCAAGGACCCUCCCAGCGGAGGAAGAGAAGGAAGAAGAAGAGUCAGGCUCCUACGCAGGGUCCCGGUGCAGCCCGGAGCAACUGGCACUCGUCAAUGGCACCCAGGCCUGUGGGGUGCUGGGGGACCCGCAGGGUCCCUUUGCUGCCUGUCAUCACACUGUGGCCCCGGAGCCCUCCCAGGAGCACUGUGUGAUGGAUCUGUGUACCACUCGGGACCCCAAAGAACAAGAGGAGCUCCAAUGCCAGGUCCUCAGUGGGUACGCCCUUAUCUGCCAGGAGGCAGGUGCCAGCCUGGCCAGCUGGCGGAACCAUACCCACUGCGCCAUGGCCUGUCCACCCAACACCGUGUACCAGAGCUGCAUGACACCCUGCCUGGCGUCCUGUGCCAAACUGGUGGCCCCUGGGGAAUGUGAGGACCCCUAUGUGGAAGGCUGUGCCAGCCUCCCGGGCUAUGCCUACAGCAGUACCCAGAGCGUCCCCCUGGUCAACUGUGGCUGCACCACCAACGGCAUCUACUACCAGCUGGGUGACAGCUUCGUGGCUGAGGACUUCUCUCUGCGCUGCACCUGUGCCAGCUCCGAGGUCCUGCAGUGUGAGCCCUUCAGCUGCAGCACCGGGGAGAUCUGCACCUUGGCUAACGUCACUCGGGGCUGCUUCUGGGAAAGCCCAUGGCUGUGGAACCCCUGUCAGAAUGAUGGUCGGUGUCAGGACCAGGGGUCCAACUUCACCUGCGAGUGUGAACCCGGUUAUGGGGGCAUCUUCUGCACAGAGCCUCAGGAUGUCCCACCCCACAAAGAGAAAGAUAAGGGCCACAUCCCAGGCCCACACCCACGGACAAGAGCUACAAUGAUUCUAUAGAACCCAACAUAGUGGCCAUUCUGCUGAGCAUGCUCAUGCCUGUCACAGUCCUAGUGCACAUGCUGAGGAGGGAGUGCCAUUGCAGGAAGAACCGGAAGAGCAGGAGGAGAGGGAAAAGGAGGGAGAAAACACAGGUCCAGACGGAGCCUGGAGCCCAGCUGCCGACCCCGGGUGAGCCAGCCUCGAAUCCAGGACCUGGGUGGCCAGAAGUGGCUUCUGUGCCUGACACAAAUUUUCUUGCAUCCUCCUCAGACAUUGUUCCAGAACU